CAAGCAGCACGGAGACAAGGGUCUUGGGAGAGCCAAUUCGAGAGUUAUUUCUUCAUCUUAACUCGCCCUGACUCGUACUGAAAUGUUUCCUAUUCCAUACACAUAUCAACUCAAUCGAUCUCUUCCAAACCUCUUCAACGGUUCACGUAUAUCAACUUCAUCAAAGCACACCUCCUUCUUUGUGUCCUAGACAUACGAUUUUGGUCAAAAUGUCCCCUCACGCGCUACCCAUAGUCGCAGAACAGGCACAGACAGAUGUUUUUGCGUUGAUGAAGAAGUACGCCAUCACAAAGAACGGAUUCCUCCCGGCCGACGCACCGGUCAAAGUUCUUCCGGAUCCUUACUACUCGCCAUGGGAAGCAAUUGUUCAACACCUCCCGGAGCUUCUCAAGACCGGCAAGCUGCGACGAGAUGUCAACAGUCUUCCUCUUCUGUCGACGAGCAAGUUACGUAGUCAGCCUGAGUGGAGACGAGCUUAUGUGAUCUUGAUCUUUCUGGCGCAUGCCUACAUUUGGGGGGGAGAACAGGCGGAAGAGAUCUUGCCUCCGGCUGUAGCUGUCCCCCUCUUACGUAUCUCCGAGCAUCUAGAGGUUCCGCCUGUCGCGACCUACGCAGGCCUGAACUUGUGGAAUUUCUUAUCGACGACUAACGACUUCACUGAUCUGGACUCUUUGGAGUCUCUGCACACUUUCACCGGCACAAAGGACGAAGCUUGGUUUUAUCUGGUCUCAGUGGCUAUGGAGGCCCAAGGUGCUCGGAUUAUGACCGACAUGCUGAAUGCUCUGGAAUCCAUCAAGACGAGAAACUACGAUACAAUUACGCAAGCACUAGAAGCACUGUCUGGCAAUAUCAGACAGAUCGGUGCUUUGUUAGAACGGAUGUAUGAAAACUGCGACCCAAUGGUUUUCUUCUACGAAAUUCGCCCGUUUUUAGCUGGAAGCAAGAACAUGGCAGCAGCGGGCCUGCCGAAAGGUGUCUUCUACGACGAAGGCAAUGGUCGGGGUACGUGGCAACAGCUCCGUGGAGGAAGCAACGGGCAAAGCUCUCUCAUCCAAUUUCUCGACAUUGUUUUGGGGGUUGAGCACACAUCAGAGGGCAAUAGCAAUCCACAUGCAAGCAGAGCCAACACCAGCCAAACACGAAUGCCCGCAUUUCACGAGGAAGUCCGGAGUUACAUGCCAGGGCCGCACAAACGAUUCCUCGAGCACGUUGCCCGCAUGGGCAGCAUCCGAGAGCUUGCAAAGCUACCGGUUUCCACUGUCGAGCAGCAAGACUUCUGCAAUGCAUACCAAGCAGCAAUUCGAACGAUGACUGAGUUUCGGAACAAGCAUUUGCAGAUUGUUACCCGCUACAUUGUGCUUCCUUCGAAGAAGAUGCACAACGGCGCGAAAGUUGAUUUGGCAAGCGCAUCUUCAGUGAAGGACGAGCAGCUCACUGGGACAGGCGGAACAGCAUUAAUGCCUUUUUUGAAGCAAACACGGGACGAGACCCUGCAGGCAGGGCACCUGCAGGCAGGGCAAUUAGAGAGCGGAGAGUGGAGGUGAUCAAAAGAGGGUACGAACCAUGAUAUCCAAAACAGUAGAGCCAUCGAGGAGGAGGAAAAUUACAUAAUUCAGUGCUAAACUAAUGCAAGAAGAAUGAAGAGUCAACUUCCGCGUGUAA